AUGUCUCUUCCAACUUUUGGUUCCUCCACCACCGCAGAGGAGGCGGCUGAUGUGCUUUCCAACGUAAUUUCUGGCAAGAACGUACUUGUCACCGGAACGUCGCUCGAGGGUAUCGGCUUUGAAACCGCGCGGGCCAUUGCAAAACACGCCGCACUCGUCGUCAUUACCGGGUACAACAAGGACCGCCUCCAACUCUCCGUGGAUGCUAUCCGCAAGGACAAACCGGCUGCUCAAAUUCGCCCGCUCGUGCUCAAUCUCGCGUCGCUGUCGGCCAUUAGAGAAACGGCCAAAGAAAUCAAUGGUUACGCUGAGCCAAUCCAUGUCGUCAUCCAUAACGCCGCCGAUACUAGUGGUGUCUACUCCGUCACUGCAGACGAUAUCGAAGGACAAAUGGCCGUCGCCCAUUUCGGGCCAUUCCUCUUGACUAAGCUCAUUCUCCCGAAAAUCCUCGCCAGUAAGACCGCCAAAUGGACCCCGCGUAUCGUGCUUGUGUCCUCGCUUGCGCAUUCGAUGGGCCCCGGCAUAGAGCUCACUGCCUCCGCCUUGCGCAAGCCGGCCACGGGGCCCGAAACCAGCUACUUCCUCCGCUACCACGAAGCCAAGUCGGCAAACGUGCUAUUUGCGCUGGGCCUCGCCAAUCGCGGCGCGGGAAAACUCAGGGCGUAUAGCCUGCAUCCCGGAGCUAUCUACACGAACGUCUUCAUGAAGGAUACCGCAAUCCCGAUGCUCAAGUCAGUUGGGCUUUUGAACGAGGAUGCCACACCCAACACGGAGGCACAUGAAUGGAAGACCAUUCCCCAGGGCGCAUCUACCUCGGUCGUCGCUGCGUUUGAUCCUCGUCUUGACGAUAAAUCCGGUGCUUACCUCGUUGAUGGUGCCGAGGCCAAUGCGCAACGGGCUCCAAUCUGCUCCGAGUUGGCGAACGCAGACAAGCUUUGGAAGCUCACCGAAGAGAUUCUUGGCGAGGAGUUCGUUCUAUAA